AUGGCGCAGGUCCUGUCCAACUACCCGGCUUCGCUGCCCACCCCGCCGACCACGCCGACCAAGCUCACCAAGAUGCCCAGCCAUGCGUCGUCCGCCGCCACCAAGGCCGCGCCCCCGACCGGCUUCCUCGGCCACCUAACCGCGUCGCAGGAGGCCAAACUGCGCGCCCUCUGGGCCAUUGCCUACAAGUUUGUCGAGGUCUGCGAGGCCGACCCGACCUUUCACGAGGCCGUCACCCUCCAGGACAAGUUUGUCCCGCCCGCCAUGAAGCCCGGUGCGGCCCAGCGCAAAAAGGCCACCGGAAGCGCCUCCGGCCAGCAGUACCCGCCCGCGCUCGUGCCCGAGCUGCUCUCGCUGCUCCCGACCCACGAGCGCAACGUCGACAAGCUCGCCGCCGCCGCCCUCGACGCCCUCGACUACUGGACCCCGCACAUGUUCCGCAUCACCCUGCUGCACACGGUCAAGCAGGAGCACCCGGACGAGCUGGCCCUGCGCUUCCUGCGCCAGAGCCACUGGGACGUCAUCCAGGCCUGCAAGAGCAUGGGCAAGACCAUUUACUGGCGCACCAUGGAGGCCGCCAUUGACGAUGAUAUUCUGCGCCUCGGCGAGGGCGGCGCCGCCGAGGACGAGAAGAAUGGCCAGGGCCAUGCGCGGACGCUCGGCGCCGAGUUUAUGAAGCUGCUGCGCUCAGGCAAGGGCUUCCUGCACGGCAAUGAUCGGGAGGACCGCCCGAUUACCUAUGUCCGCGUCCGGCUGCACAAGGCUGGCGAUGAGAGCCCGGAGAGCAUGGAGCGCUAUAUUAUCUACCUGCUUGAGAUGGCCCGUCUGUCUCUGCGCUUUCCCGUCGAAACUGGUACCAUCUUUCUCGACAUGAGCCACUUUCGCUUAAAGAACUUCGACUUGGACCCCCUCAAAUUCAUUCUCAAGUGUGCGGAGCAGUACUAUCCUGAAUGUAUCGGCCUCAUCAUCGUCCACAAGGCUCCCUUUGGCACCAAAGCCGCCUGGAAGCUGAUCCGCCACUUUGUCAACGCCGAGAUUGCCGAAAAGGUCAAGUUCACCACGGGCCGCAAGGACCUCUUCAAGUACAUUGACCCCAGCCGGGUGCUCGUCGAGCACGGCGGCCAGGACCCCUUCCAGUACGAGUACGAGGAGCCCAACAUGGACGAAAACUUCAAGAUGCAAAACACAAUCACCCGCAACUACCUGCUGCUCGAGCGCCAGAUGCUCGUCGAGCAGUUUGAGGAUGUCACCAAGGAAUGGGUCAUGAACGCCCAGGGCACCGCCCGCGCCGCCGAGGUCAGCCGCCGCCGCGACCAGGUCUGCGCCGACUUGACAUCCAACUUUUGGGAGCUCGACCCGUACGUCCGCGCCCGCUCGCUCUACGACCGCCGCGCCUGCCUCAGCGGCACCGGCAACUUGCAGUACCACCCGCCCAAGUCGGAGCGCCGCGCGCGAGACUCCACGGCCACCGGCCGCCCCCGGUCCAUGUCCAGCUCGAGCGGCGCGCGGUCGAGCAUCAUAGCCCGCUCGGCCAUUGGGUACAGCUCCAGCUCGGGCAUCUCCUCGUCGGGCAUGGCGGCGUCGGUUGGUGCGCGAUCGAGUCUCUCGGCGGCCGGAUCGGGAGGCACAGGCACCCUGACGACGUGUUCGAUUCUGGGGUCACCCGUCAAGGAAGAUCAUUAUGGCGAGAUGGAGCACAUGGAUCUUGGUUCUCUUGGAGACGAUUCAUCAUUUUACUCUGACUGA